AUGGAAGUGGGCAAGCAACAGAAGCAUUUUGUUCUAACACAUGGUGCCUGCCAUGGAGCUUGGGUAUGGUACAAGGUUAAACCGGAGAUCGAGGCGGCCGGCCACCUGUUCACAGCGGUGAACCUUGCGGCUUCCGGCAUCAAUUCGAAGCAACUAGACGAUGUCCGGUCACUCCAUGACUAUACAUUGCCGUUGUUGGAGGUCCUGGAGGCGAUUCCUCAAGGUGAAAAGGUGAUACUAGUGGGACAUAGUGGUGGUGGCAUGAGUGCUGCUCUUGCUAUGGAGAAGUACCCUGAGAAGAUCUCUGUAGCCGUCUUCCUCAAUGCAAUCAUGCCUGAUAGCACAAACGGGCCAUCCUUCGUUCUCGAUAAGUAUGCUGGAGGGACUCCACCGGAAGCGUGGAUGGACACACAGUUUGCAGCAUUUGGUGACCCCAACGAACCUCUAAUAUCAUUGGCUGUAGGCCCCAAAUUCAUGAAAUCCACCCUCUAUCAUCUCUGCUCCACUGAGGAUUAUACAUUGGGAACAUUGUUGGUAAGGCCAGGAUCAUUAUUCAUGGAAGAUUUACACAAGUUGGAUAAGUUCACGAAUGAAGGAUUUGGAUCAGUUCCGAGAAUUUAUGUUGUAUGCACCGAAGAUAAAACGAUACCAGCGGAAUUCCAGCGCUGGAUGAUCGAAAACAACCCGGUGAAAGAGGUGAAGGAGAUUGAAGGUGCAGACCAUAUGCCAAUGUUUUCAAAGUCAGACCAAGUAUGCAAGUGUUUCCUUGAGAUUGCAGCUGAAUACAAUUGA